UCAUUUAACCUCAGCAGUCUUUGGAUUAAAAGCAUGUCGCAGCCAGCAAAUGACAUCGGAAGUGCAGGGCUUGAAGUUGAAAACGCUGAUAUGAGCAGCUGUGAAAUUGCUGCCAAUGACAUUGUUAAACUGACCCACGGCAAGCUCUCCACAGAGGAGGUUUCUGCGUCGGUGGUGUGCCCUUCUUGUGGGGCAGUCUCUCUGUUUAUUGGAAUAACAAGAAACAGUUUUGAAGGGAAAAAGGUUGUUGAGUUGGAAUAUGAAGCCUACAUCCCAAUGGCUCAGUCGGAGAUGAAGAAGAUCUGCUGGGACGUGAGGCGGAAAUGGCUAUCAGUAAAACACAUUGCCAUUCAUCACAGACUAGGGGUGGUCCCGGUAUCUGAAGCAAGUGUCAUAAUAGCCAUUUCCUCGCCUCACAGAAGUGAAUCUCUUGAAGCAGUAAAAUACUGCAUAGAUACACUAAAAGCAACUGUUCCAAUAUGGAAGAAAGAAAUUUAUGAAACUGAGGACUGUUCUUGGAAGGAAAACAAGGAGUGCAGGUGGGCAGGGAGCAGAGAGAAAUAAUACUGGAACACUGCACGAGGAAGCAGAGGGAACAGAAAUAAUACUGGAACACUGCACAAUGAAACAGAAAUAAUACUGGAACACUGCACGAGGAAGCAGAGGGAACAGAAAUAAUACUGGAACACUGCACAAUGAAACAGAAAUAAUACUGGAACACUGCACAAUGAAACAGAAAUAAUACUGGAACACUGCACGAGGAAGCAGAGGGAACAGAAAUAAUACUGGAACACUGCACAAGGAAACAGAAAUGAUACUGGAACACUGCACUAGGAAAGCAGAGGCUGCUUCAACCCCAGUUCAGUGAGACGUCACUCAAGCCAGACGUGCUUUGCUACUUCUUAAAUUCAGUUGUUUUCAGUGUCAUUUCUCAGAGUGCAAUACACUGACCUUUCGUCUCUAAAUACGUGCAGUUCAUUGAAUUACAACAAUAACAACAACUUUGUAGCGAUUAUGGACACCACUGUUUUGUUUGCUCAAUUUUGUUUGCCACCAUUAAUAUAGCAGAUCCAUGAGUAACCAGGCUUCUGUGAGCUGCAUUUAUCUUCUUUGAGAUUGGAAUUAGAAUCACUUUGUAUCUGAAUUGUGAGAUCAAUGUUUUUGCACUGCGGGCUGAAUUGUUUGGAAUCGCUUUGUAUCUGAAUCGUGAGAUCAGUGUUUUUGCACUGCGGGCUGAAUUGUUUUUGUCAUGCACUGCCAGUGCUGCAGACAUGUGUCCAUCUUUAUCUUUUAUUUUAAUUGAACUUUAAUUUAAAAAAAAAAAUCUAAUUUUUGGAAGUCAGUAUUUUUGAUGGUAGAUGGAAUGAUGGAUCAAAGCUGUGUAAUUAAAUAAGGAUGAUAUAUUUGAUGGUGGUAAGUAAUGGAAUUUUUGAAAUGAAAUUUGCGGACCUGUUUAAACAUUAAAUAAACCCAAGUAGACAAUAUUUCAAGCACUAUAAAAGCCUAAAAAUAGUGGUACUUGCUUCCUUAUUAAAACCACAGUGCUGUAAUUUGUUAAAGGCAAGCAUGCAACAUCCCCUAGUAGUUGCUGCAAACAUUCUCUGUCUGGUGUGGACUUGCCCAUACAUUGAGACUGCACGUUGUGCAUCCACUGAAUUGGUUGGACGUGCAAGGCAAAGCUUUGCCAAGUUAUACAUAUGUGGAAAUUGAUUAGAAACAGUCCCAAAACUCAGUUACCCAAGGGCAUCUGCAUGCUUUCAUAGAGGCAAUAUAUGCAGCACUUUCGUUGUCAUGUUAUUUGUCCCAUUCAAUAAUUAAUUUUAUCAGUACCGAGUCAAAACAAAGAGAAUGUGCCUAUUCGGGUCUAAAAUUCUAACUGUGUUUUAAAAAUUAAGCAGCAGGUUGUUUGAAGCGAGGUGGCUGUACUAGAUCGUAUCUGUAGUAUUGAUUUAACUUGGCUACAACCGACAGGAAUACUUUUUGUCUGCGCUGACUUUCCAGUUUGUUUUCUGAAAGCUGUUUAUUUUACAUUCUGUUCAUCACACCCUGUAGUAGCCUUUCGUUUUUAAUGUGUGAUUCUGAAGCUAAAUAGCGAUCGAUCGUAUUUUCUCCAGACACAUUACAAGAUGUGUAAAACAAUUACCUCCAUCUGCUUGUACAGUUUCUUUGGGAAAUAUACUUCAAAAUAUACUUUGCUUUUUUUGCUUUGUCGUCCAUUUCUGGUAUUUUACCUCCAAUGUUUAAAACCAGAUUUUAUCAACCCAAAUCAAAACAAUGCAGCACUGCCUUUGUCCCACCCCCACUGCGCUGACUCGGGAGGGCGAAGACGAACACAACACUGUCAGCCGACCACUUUUUUUCACACUGCGGACUCACCAUGCAGCCACCCAAGAGCUACAGCGUCGGAGGACAACGCAGCUCUCGGGCAGCUUACAGGCAAGCCCGCAGGCGCUCGGCCAGACUACAGGGGUCGCUGGUGCGCCGAGGAAACCCUGGCUGACCUAACCCUCCCUCCCCCUGGGUGACGCUCGGCCAAAUGAGCGCUGCCCCCUGGAGGAUCCCGACCUCGGUCGGCAAAGGAAUAGCCUGGACUCGAACUCGCGACGUCCAGACUAAUAGAGCGCAUCCUGCACUCCACGUGGAGCGCCUUUUCCUGGAUGCGCCAUUCGGGAGCCCAGGCUCCCUGUUAUUUUAAUAUGUUUUUAUUUGUGGCAGAUAAUGUCUGUAUUGUGUUUUUUUGUUAUGUACAGUGCUUUUGUGAUACUUCGGUAUGAAAAGUGCUAUAUAAAUGUAAUAAAUAAAUGAAUAGGA